AUUCAUGUAGGACCCUGGCACGUAAACACGCAAACUGCAACAUUAUGGUUCGCAAAGAGUUAGGCUUCGGCCUCUGUCGCCUGGCACAAAGCAUACGCAGCUUAUACACAUAGAGUAACCGUCAAAGGAUUUUCGCGUUGCGAAGUCAACUCAACUUUCAGCCAUGGCACCUCGCCCGUCGGAGUCGCUGGCGGACCGGGUUGAGCCCGUCCCUGAUGCAAUUUUACCGAAUGCCCUUCGGAACUCCCCUGCCAGCGUGGGGCUCUUCAAGGAGGAGUUCCGGGCGGCUCAGCGGCUGAGAUCCUCGGAGAGCGUGUUCAUACCAGAGGUGCUGCGCACGACGCACCCUCCGGACCUGCCGCCUCAGGGCGUGGCCGCCGCGCCGGCGCCCACAUAUGUGGUGCAGCCGGGCGCCCGGCCGCCCACGGCGAAGAAGGCAAUGGGGCCGGGGGCGCUCAGCCGGCCGACAUCGGGCCUGCCCAGCAGGUCCCUAUCCGGUGGGCGGCCAGGCGGCGGCGCGGACCUGCAGGAGUCGCUGAACAAGCCCGGCGCGGACUGGCUGCUCUCGAAGCACCCGCGGCCAAUCAGCCCUAGCAAGCCCCGGAACACGACAGAUGUGCGUCCGACCUCGGCUCUGGACCUGGGCCUGCACUCGCGCGUCGCCACCUCCUAUGCCGCCUCCGCCGCCAACGCGGUGGGCCUGGACGUGCCGGCGGCGGCCAUCACCAACCCCGCAGGCGCCACACUGACUGGGCGCACAUCCCUGCGCAGCCCCUCUCCCGGCUCCCGCACGGCCUCUGCACUGGCGGCGGUGGUCGCGGCGGCGGCCGUUCACGCGGAUGGUGCCAGCGGCGCUGCUGCCGCCAGCGGCUUGGGGAUGACCACGUCAACCAAGCUGCCGCGGAUUCCAUCGCCGGGGACGUACGCGGCGGAGCAGGCGGCCGCGGCGGCUGCGGCGACAGGCGGCAGCGCGGCGCUUGCAGCAGCGGCGGCCGCGGCGGCAGCGAGGCACAGCGGCCGGCCCGUCAGUGCCGUGCCCAGUGACAUUGGAGCCUUCAUCCAAGAGGUUGCGGACGAUGAGAAGUUCGCCAACGAGGGCACCGCAUUCAGCCGGCCCAUCUCAGCCUAUCCCGCCCGCGGCCCCGGUGCCCCCGGCGCCGCCGCCUCCAACGGCAAGCCGCCGCCGGGGCCUGCGGCGGGCCGCGGCCGCGGCGCCGGCGGCCUGCCCACGUCAGCGCUGCGGCCCUGGACUAGCAAGCGGGCGGGCCUGGUGGACACCACGACGGACGCCGCCACGGCGGGCGCGGUGCAGCACCUGCGCGCUGCCUCCGCGUCGCUGCGCAAGUACUCCCUGCCGCCCCAGCCCACGGCGCUGUCGGGCGUGGCCACCACCUACGCCCGCAAGCCGCGCGCGCCCUACACCCACGACAUCAACACGCCCACGCCCUCCGAGCGCAUCGCCAACAACCUCUCCCCGCUGGCGCGCGGCCUCAGCCCGCGCACGCUCGAGGUCCUGGCCCCCGGCGGCGUCUCGCCCUCCGCCCUGGGGCCGCUGCCGCACCCCACCUGGCGAGAGGUGGACGACCCCGAGGUUGUGGACGGCGUGCCUGAGGCAGACGGCGUGCACACGGCCACACGCAAGCACAUGGCCUACAUGCCGCUGGAGCUGUUUGACGACCUGGACUAUGAGGCGGCGAGCCCGGAGGAGUGGGUGGCGCUGGGCGCCGAGGAGGGGGGCACGCCAGCGGAGACGAUGAUGUAUGUGGUUGCCAGCGACAGCUACCAGUGGACGGCCUGCCAGGUGGUGGGGUGGGACGCCGCCGACCGCAUGUUCGUGGUCAGGUACGACAGCGCCGCCAACACCGGCCCCAAGACCAAGAAGGUCAAGCGCCUCAACCUGCGUUUCCUGGCCGAGGACCCGGUGCUCUUCGAACGGCGUGUGACCGCGGCCAAGGCGGCGCGCGAGGAGGCCGAGUCCGAGUUGCGCCUGUUCUUCUACAUAGACAGUCUUGCGCUGGUGGAGGUGCUGCACACAUACAACUACGCGGCGGCGCUGGAGAAGGCGGCAUCGCAGAUCCGCGGCCUCAGCCCCGAGACGCUGGCGCGCCUCACGCCCGACCUGCUGGACGACGCGGCAGACUACUUUGAGCGCGCCGUCAAGGCCGCGGUGCUCGAGUACCGCAGGUUGGACCCAUUGGAGGAGGGCCGGCUAAAGGUGCUGCGCGUGCCGCCGCGCCGCACGCGGCCGCCCGCGCCCGCCUUCGGCCUGCUGCCGCUGCUGCCGCCCGGGCGUGAGGAACUCGAAGGGCCGCCCGUGGCCUUUGGAGACGUGCUGGGCUGGGCUCGCGGGCAUCUGUACAGCGGCGUGGCACCGCUGCACGCGGCGCUCGUGAGCCUGAACCAGCUGUGCGCUCACGUAGGCGACCAGCUGCUGUGGUGCAUGGCGCCGCUCAGCGAGGCGUUCAAGGCCAUGGGCGGCAACGACUUCGACCUGACGGACGCGGGCGUGCUGCCGUUCCCACUGCGCAAGUGGGAGGCGCUGCAGCACGCGCACCUUCGCCGCGUGCUCAAAUUCGUGGAGCUCAAGAUGGUCACCGCCUGUCGCAUGCUCAGCCGCGACUCGCCACUGGCGUCGCUGCUGAACGACGGACGCCUGUACGGCGCCGCUGGCGGCAAGCGCAACGGCGCCGGAGUGAAUGGGUCAGAGGCAGCCGAUGGGUUAUACAACGAAGAGGAGGACCACUAUGACCCAUACGGCGAUGCGUACGGCAAUGGAGGUGGUGCUGGGAGUCACCGGAGCGGCACGAGGGCGAGCGGUGUGGAGGAUGAGAUGCUGUCUGAGCCACAUGCCAAUUUGCUGAGGCGGCUGGGGCUGGCUAUGGGCGCGGCGGCGCACUCGCUGCUGCAGGACUCGGCGGCGGCCUUCGCGGACACGCUGGAGAGCUUCCAGAAGUACGAGCCGUCCGUGGCCACUGCCCAGGAGGGCGACCUACCGUACGGCGUGGUGCGCGAGCGCUUCGCCUGCGGCACCUUCCUCACGCUGCACCUGCUGCACGAGGGCAUCGACCCGGAGCCGCUGCCGGAGGCGGAGGCGCCGCCGGCGGGCGGCGAGGAUGACGCGGAGGAGGAGCAGCAGGGCGGCGCCGCCAGGAGGGAGGCGCCGCCGGCGGAGGUCCGCAUGGGCUCCUUCCGGAUCCUGCUGUCGCCCACUCGGGAGGAGAUCCAGGAAGCGCUGGAGGCCGCGUUCAGUGACAUGGUGGCCAAGAUGUGCGAGCUGCCCAACAUCUAUAUCUCGCCGCGCGCCGCCGACCCCGCCGCCCUGGAAUUCGCCGACUUCGAACCCGAACCCAACACCGGCGGCGCCGAAUACGGCCUGGAGCCGCUCGUCGCACCGGUGCUGCUACAGUCCGACACCCGGGUCGCCAGGGCGCGCGAGCGCGUGCGCCACGCCGCCGCGGUGGCGGUGGAGGCGGCGGAGGAGGUGGCGUUGCUGUUCGAGCCGGCGGCGGAAGCGUUGGCGGUGGACGUACCGUCUAUUCUAGCACAGCUGGCGCCGCUGGCCACGCCGUUGGACGCGUACCACAAAUGGAUCGGCGCGUUCCGGGCGGCGGCGGCAGCGGUGCAGGCGGCGGCGCCCACGCAGGUCUUCACCGGCCUCCUGCAGGUGGACACGGCGCCGCUGAAGCAGGCGCUGGUGGCCAAGGCGGCGGCGGGCGAGGCGGCGCUACUGGCGCAGCUGCAGGCCAAGACGGUGGACGUGGCGGCGCGAGUGUGCGCCCGCUGUGAGGAGCUGUCGGCGCAGGCGCUGGCGGUGUCCUCGGGCGUGCGCAGCGUGCUGGACCUCAAGGCCACACUGGUGUCUGCGGAGGCAGAGACGCGGGAGAUGAUGGGCUGGCUGACGGCCAGUCGCGAGCGGGACGUCGUGGUGGCCGCCUACCGCUCCGCCUACAGCGACACAGACCUGGACUUGGCGAUGGCGGCGCAGGCCUGGCCCAAGAGGAUGUACGAGACCCUGGAGCGCGGCUGGGGCAAGGUGGCGGAGGAGGACCGCGCCUUCCAGGCCAAGCUGCGGGCGGCGCGCGACAAGAUGGCGCUGGACCUCGCGGAGCUGUCGGAUGAGGUGCAGGCGUUCAAGGAGGUCGCCAACUUCGACGACAUGUCGGAGCUGGCGCACCAAGGCGAGUCGCUGCUGGCGCGCAUCCAGCAGCUGUCCGACACCGCCGAGGCCAUCAACGAGGACGAGGGGCUGCUAGGCUGGGAGGUGUCGGAAUGGCCUGCCAUCAAGGACCUGUCUGUGGAGCUGGAGCCCUUUGCCAGCCUGUACUCCAUCACCAACGACUUCGGGCUGCGGCGGGAGGAGUGGUUGUUCGGGCCGGUGCGCGACCUCAACGCCGAGGAGGUGGAGGCCAGCGUGGCGGACUGGUUCAAGAAGACGGUGCGGCUCAGCAAGGCGCUGCCGCGGCAGGACCUGCGGCAACUGGCCGAGGACACGCGCGGGCGGCUGGAGCAGUUCAAGGAGUACGUGCCCAUCAUCAUGGCCGUGUGCAACCCCGGCAUGCGGGGCCGGCACUGGGAGCGGCUGUCCUCAACGCUGGGGCAGCGCGUGUACCCGGGCGGCGACGCCGAGGUCAACCUGCAGAAGCUGCUGACGCUGGGCAUCUCGCAGCACGCCGACUUCCUGCAGGAGCUAAGCGACACCGCCUCCCGCGAGAUGUCGCUGGAGCGCUCGCUGGACCGCAUGGUGACGGAGUGGGGCGGCGUCAAGUUCGAGGUGGUGGCUUGGAAGAACACGGGCGGCUCCAUCCUCAAGGGCGCGGUGGUGGAGGAGGUGCAGAUGCUGCUGGACGACCACAGCAUUAAGGCGCAGGCCAUGCUCAGCAGCCCCGCGGCCGGUCCCUUCCUGGAGCGCAUCGAGAACUGGGUGAAGAAGCUGGCCAGCAUGCAGGACAUCAUCGACGCCUGGAUGCUGGCUCAGCAGAAGUGGAUGUUCCUGGGGCCCGUGUACGGUAGCGAGGAGAUCGCCAAGCAGAUGCCCAAGGAGCGCUACGAGUUCAGUGCCGCCGACACGCGGUUCCGUUCCGUGAUGAAGUCGUGCGAGCGCAAUCCCGAAGUGCUGGUGUUCACAGACACACAGGGCGUGCUGUCGGACCUGCAGAGCUGCAACAACUCGUUCAGCAUCAUUGAGCGCUCGCUGGCUGCCUACCUGGAGUCCAAGAAGAUGCUGUUCCCGCGCUUUUUCUUCCUGUCCAACGACGAGCUCAUUGAGAUCCUGUCGGAGGCCAAGGAGCCGGAGCACGUGCAGCCCUUUGCCAAGAAGAUCUUCGAAGCCGUCAGCGAGUUCGAGUUCAACAGCGAGCAGGAGAUCUGCGCGCUCAUCUCAAUCGAGGAGGAGCGCGUGCCGCUGGACCGGCCCGUGGUGACCAACAGCGAGCUGACGCCCGGCGUGGAGUUCUGGCUGCUCAAGGUGGAGGAGCAGAUGCGCGUGAGCCUGGCCAGCAUCAUGAAGCAGUCCAUACAGGCCUACGCCAGGACGCCGCGCGCGCGCUGGAUCCUGCAGUGGCCGGGCCAGGUGGUGCUGGCGGGGGCACAGACCUACUGGACCCGAGGCGUGGUGGACGCGCUGGCUGGCGGCGGCCUUUACGGCCUGGUGCAGUUCGGGGAGCAGUGCGGGCGCGAGCUCAUGGAGGAAGUGAUGCUGGUACGCGGGCAGCUGCGGCCGCUGGAGCGGGCAACCAUCGGCGCGCUGGUGGUGCUGGACGUGCACGCGCGCGACGUGGUGGCGGAGAUGAUUGCCGACAAGGUGGCCUCCGUGGACGACUUCAGCUGGCAGUCGCGUCUGCGCUACUACUGGGAGAAGGACACCAUGGUUGUGCGCAUGCUCAACGCGCAGUGCACCUACGGCUACGAGUACCUCGGCAACAGCGGCCGCCUGGUCAUCACGCCGCUCACAGACCGCUGCUACCGCACGCUGCUGGGCGCGCACUACAUGCACCUGGGCGGGGCGCCGGCGGGGCCAGCGGGCACGGGCAAGACGGAGACCACCAAGGACCUGGCCAAGGCGGUGGCCAUCCAGUGCGUGGUGUUCAACUGCUCCGACGGCCUAGACUACCUGGCUAUGGGCCGCUUCUUCAAGGGCCUGGCCGCAACCGGCGCCUGGGCCUGCUUCGACGAGUUCAACCGCAUCGAGCUGGAGGUGCUGUCGGUGGUGGCACAGCAGGUGCUGACCAUCCAGCGCGCCAAGUCGGCUGGCAAGAACCGCUUCGUGUUUGAGGGCUGCGACAUGAACCUGGUGGCCACAUGCAACGUGUUCAUCACCAUGAACCCGGGCUACGCCGGCCGCUCCGAGCUGCCCGACAACCUCAAGGCGCUGUUCCGUGACGUGGCCAUGAUGGUGCCCGACUACGCGCUCAUCAGCGAGAUCAUCCUGUACAGCUACGGCUACCUGGAGGCGCGAUCCAUGGCGCAGAAGCUGGUGCAGACCUACCGCCUGUGCUCGGAGCAGCUGUCGCGCCAGGACCACUACGACUACGGCAUGCGCGCGGUGAUGGCGGUGCUGCGUGCCGCCGGCAACCUGAAGCGGCGCUACAGCAGUGCGGCGGACGCGGCGGUGUACAGCGAGCCGGUGCUCAUGCUGCGCGCCAUCAACGACGUCAACCAGCCCAAGUUCCUGGAUGAGGACGUGCCGUUGUUCAAGGGCAUCCUGUCAGACCUUUUCCCGGGUGUGGUGCUGCCCUCCAUCGACUACGGCGACCUGACCGCCGCGCUGUCCGCCAAUGCGGUGGCGGCCAACCUGCAGCCCCUGCCGUCGUUCAUCGAGAAGGCCAUCCAGCUGUAUGAGAUGAUUGUGGUGCGGCACGGCCUCAUGCUGGUGGGUCGCUCCUUCAGCAUGAAGACCGUGGCCAUCAAGACGCUGGCGGCGGCGCUGGGCGACCUGUGUGCAGCCUACAAGGGCGAGCACCGUGUCAAGAUGCACACCAUCAACCCCAAGGCCGUCACCAUGGGCCAGCUGUACGGCCAGGACGACCCCCUGUCCAAGGAGUGGACCGACGGCGUGCUGGCGGUGGCCUUCAGGACGCUGGCGCGCGACACCUCUCAGGACCGCAAGUGGGUCAUCCUGGACGGCCCGGUGGACGCCAUCUGGAUUGAGAACAUGAACACGGUGCUGGACGACAACAAGAAGCUGUGCCUCAACAGCGGAGAGAUCAUCGCCAUGCAGGGCCUCAUGAACAUGAUCUUCGAGGUGCAGGACCUGGCGGUGGCCUCGCCCGCCACCGUGUCGCGCUGCGGCAUGGUGUACAUGCAGCCCUCGCUGCUGGGCUGGCGGCCGGUGGCGCGGAGCUGGCUGGCCGCCCUGCCGGCACGGGUCACCGAUGACCUGAAGGAGCACCUGACCUCGCUUAUGGAGUGGCUGCUGCCGCCAUGCCUGCGCCUGGUGGGCAAGGACUGCGUGCAGCCGGUGGCGUGCCAGGACAUCAACCUCGUGUCCAGCCUCACACGCCUGCUCCAGGCCCUGCUGCUGCCCUACCUCGAACCUCCCGCCCCGCCGCCCUCCAAGCCCGGCCAGCCGCCGCCGCCACCCCCGCCUCCCCGGGACCCCGGCGCCACGCGCUCGGGCGCGGACUGCCUGUUCCUUUUCUGCCUGGUGUGGACUGUGGGCGCGGCGGUUGACACGGCGGGUCGGGCCCUGUUUAGCCAACACCUGCGUCGCUUCCUCAAGGCUGACUACGGCGCCUACGAGCCGUACGUGACUGGCGAGGCGGUGCCAGUACGACAGCCGCUGCCCGCCGCCCACAGCGUGUACGACUGGGUGUACGACACCGUGACCGAGUCGUGGAAGGGGUGGAUGGACAUGCGCGGCGCCGCCUCCCAGUCCAUCUCGCCCGAGGCAGAGUACAGCACCAUCAUCGUCACCACCGCCGACGUCGUGCGCUACUCCUACCUGCUGGAGCUGCAGGUGGCUGCGCACACGCCGCUGCUGCUGGUGGGCCCCACCGGCACCGGCAAGAGUGUGUACAUCAAGUCCUUCCUGGCCAACAAGCUGGACCGCACGCAGUGGACGCACAUGGUGUUCAACUUCAGCGCUCAGACUAGCGCCAACAUGACGCAGGACAUCAUUGACGGCAAGCUGGACAAGCGGCGGCGCGGCGUGUACGGCCCGCCAGUGGGCAAGCGGGCCAUCGCCUUCAUUGACGACCUCAACAUGCCGCAGCUGGACCGCUACGGCGCGCAGCCGCCCAUCGAGCUGCUGCGACAGGCCAUGGACCACGGCGGCUGGUACGACAGACACGACAACAGCUUCCGGAAACUGGUGGACAUACAGUUCCUGGCUGCCAUGGGCCCGCCCGGCGGCGGCCGCAACCCCGUCACCAACCGCUACCUGCGCCACUUCCACGUCCUGUACGCCACCGAGUUUGACGCCGCCAGCCUCAGCCAGAUCUUUGGCGCGCUCACCGACUGGUGGUUCGGCCGCUGCAAGUACAAGGAGGAGGUGUUGGCGCUGCGCAACCCGCUGGUGGCCGCCAGCCUGCAGCUGCACGCGGCUGUGUCGGCGCACCUGCUGCCCACACCUGCCAAGACGCACUACAUCUUCAACCUGCGCGACCUGUCCAAACUGUUCCAGGGCAUGUCGUUUGUGGGCGAGGCGCUGGAGCACGACCCCCAGCGGCUGCAGCGGCUGUGGGUGCAUGAGGCGCUGCGUGUGUACCACGACCGCCUGGUUGACGAGGGAGACCGGGAGUGGAUCGCCGCCACGCUGCGCACGACUGCGGAGAAGCACUUCCCCGGCUGCAAGUUCGACUCGCUCAUGUCACGCCUUGCCGACGAGGGCGCCGGCGGCCGGGUGGGUGCUGCCAGCCUGCGGCGACUGCUGUUUGCCGACUUCACGGUGCCCGGCGCGGAGCCGCGGCGCUACGUGGAGGUGACCGACUUCGUCAGGCUGACGGCCGUGGUGACCGAGUACCUGUCCGAGCUCAACGCGGGCAGCAAGAAGCCUCUGAGCCUGGUGCUGUUCCAGUUCUGUCUGGAGCACGUGUGCCGCGUGGCGCGGUGCAUCCGGCAGCCGGGCGGGCACGCGCUGCUGGUGGGCGUGGGCGGCAGCGGGCGGCAGAGCGUCACGCAGCUGGCGGCCUUCAUCGAGGACUUCCACCUUCACUCCAUUGAGAUCAGCAGCGCCUACGGCAUGUCGGAUUGGCACGACGACCUCAAGACCGCCAUGCGCUCGGCGGGCGAGAAGCACAAGGACACGGUGUUCAUGUUCAGCGACAGCCAGAUCCUCAACGAGACCAUGGUGGAGGAGCUGAGCAGCCUGUUGAACACGGGCGAGGUGCCCAACCUGUUCGACACGGGCGAGAUGAUCACCAUCGGCGAGGCCAUCCGCCAGAAGGCCCGCGCCGCGCGCAUGGACGCCAGCCGCGCCGACCUCACCAACUUCUUCGUGGCCACGGUGCGGCAGCACUUGCGCGUGGUGCUGUGCUUCAGCCCGGUGGGCGACGCCUUCCGCGACCGCCUGCGCCGCUUCCCCUCGCUCAUCACCUGCACCACCAUCGACUGGUUCACGGUGUGGCCCAACGACGCGCUGGCCAGUGUGGCGGAGCAGUCGCUCAGCGACCUGGCCGGCACCGAGCUGCAGCUGCGCCACCGGCUGGCGGAGCAGUGCGUGCACUUCCACCUCACCGCGCGGCAGCUCACGGAGCGCUAUCAGUUGGAGGCCAAGCGGCACACGUACGUGACUCCCACCAGCUACCUGCAGCUUCUGGACUGCUUCCGAGGGCUGCUGGCGCGGCAGCAGCAGGCGGUCACGGCGCAGCGGCGGAGGUACGAGGUCGGGCUGGAGAAGCUGGCCGGCACCGAGGAGCAGGUGCUCAUCAUGCGCGCUGAGCUAGAGGAGAAGCAGCCCAAGCUGAUCGCGAGCGGCAAGGAGACGGCUGAGCUGAUCGCGCUGGUGGAGGUGCAGACGGCGGAGGCCGACAAGGUCAAGACGCUCGUGCAGGCUGAGGAGGCCAAGGCCAAGGAGGAGGCGGACAAGGUGGGCGCCAUCAAGCAGGAGUGCGAGAACGACCUGGCGGAGGCGAUGCCGGCCUUCAACGCGGCAAUCAAGGCUCUGAACACGCUGACCAAGAACGACAUCAGUGAGGUCAAGGGCAUGAAGGCGCCGCCGCAGCCCGUGCGCAUGGUCAUGCAGGCAGUGUGCAUGCUCAAGGGGCUUCAGCCCACCAAGGUCAAGGACAAGGAGGGGCGCUGGGGCCAGGACUGGUGGGAGACCUCCAAACGCAUGCUCAGUGACAUGGGCUUCUUGGACAGCCUCAUGACCUUCGACAAGGACAACAUCCCUGCCGAGGUCAUCACGGCCCUGCAGCCGCUGCUGUCCGACCCGAACUUCCAGCCCGCCAAGAUCAAGAAGGUGUCACAGGCGGCGUUCGGGCUGUGCAGCUGGGUGCGCGCCAUGGACACAUACGACCGCGUGGCCAAGGUGGUGGCGCCCAAGCGCAAGGCGCUGCAGGAAGCCGAACAGCAGCUGGCCGUCGUGAUGGCAGACCUGGCCACCAAGCAGGAGCAGCUGCGCGCGGUGGCGGAGCGGCUGGCGGGCCUGCAGGCGCAGCUGGAGGCCGCCAAGGGGCGCAAGGCGGAGCUGGAGGCAGACGUGGCACUGUGCGAGGAGAAGCUGGACCGGGCCACCAAGCUGAUGGCGGGGCUGGGCGGCGAGAAGAAGCGCUGGAGCGCCAAGGUGGAGGAGCUGGGGGAUCAGUACGUGCGGCUGAUCGGCGACAUGUUGUUGUCUGCGGGCGUGAUCGCCUACCUGGGGGCCUUCAGCGCCGAGUACCGCGCCGCCGCCGUGUCGGGCUGGGCGGCGCAGUGCGCCUCGCGCGGCGUGCCAUGCAGCCCGCACUUCAGCCUGUUGGGGGCGCUGGGAGACCCGGUGUCGCUGCGGCAGUGGGCCAUCUGGGGCCUGCCCAAGGACGACGUGAGCGCGGCCAACGGCAUCAUCGUCAAGGAGAGCAGCCGCUGGCCGCUGUGCAUCGACCCGCAGGGCCAGGCCAACAAGUGGAUCCGCAACAUGGAGUCGGGUCGGCACAUGCUGGUGCUCAAGCCCGCCACCGACCCCACCUACCUGCGCUCGCUGGCGGCGGCGCUGCCCAUGGGCUUCCCGGUGCUGCUGGAGGGUCUGGGCGAGCGGCUGGACGCCAGCCUGGAGCCGGUGCUGCUAAAGCAGACCUUCAAGAGCUCCGGCAUGCAGUGCGUCAAGCUGGGUGACCAGGUAGUGGAGUGGGGGCCCGGCUUCCGCCUCUACAUGACCACCAAGCUGCGCAACCCGCACUACCCGCCAGAGGUGUGCACACGUGUGGUGCUGCUCAACUUCUGCAUCACGCCCGCGGGCCUGGAGGACCAGUUGCUGGGCAUCGUGGUGGCCAAGGAGCGGCCGGAGCUGGAGGAGGAGAAGAGCAAGCUCAUCAUCACAGGCGCGGAGAACGCCCGGCGGCUGGUUGAGAUCGAGGACCAGAUCCUGGCGGUGCUGUCCUCCAACCAGGGCUCCAUCCUGGACGACGGCGAGGCGGUGGCGGUGCUGCAGGAGGCCAAGCGCCUGAGUGACGAGAUCGCGGCCAAGCAGGUGGAGGCCGCCAAGACCGAGCAGGCCAUCGACAAGGCUCGCACCGCCUACCAGCCCAUCGCCGCGCACGCCAGCGUCCUGUACUUCUGUGUGGCUGAGCUGCUGGCUGUGGACCCCAUGUACGCCUUCUCGCUCACCUACUUUGUGGGCCUGUUCCUUCGCGCCAUCGAGGACUCGCCGCGCCACGCUACCGUGCCCAAGCGCCUUGCGCUGCUGCAGGAGCACUUCACCUUCUUCCUUUACGUCAACGUGUGCAGGGCGCUGUUCGAGAAGGACAAGCUGCUGUUUGCGUUCAGCCUGGCCGCCAGCAUCCAGGUGGCGGCGGGCAGACUGGCGCCCGAGGCGGUGCGGUUCAUGGUGACAGGCGCUCUGUCCAUGGACAACCCGCACGCCAACCCCUCGCCCGCCUGGCUGAGCGACCAGAGCUGGUCCCACUUGUGCGAACUGGAGGGCGUGGCGGAGGCGUUCGAGGGCCUGCGCGGCAGCCUGGCCACACACAACGAGCUGUGGAAGGCAGUGUACGACAACCCCGUGCCGCACGAGCAGGUGCUGCCGGGCGGCUUCCAGGACCGCCUGGACGCCUUCCAGCGGCUGCUGCUGAUGCGCUGCCUCAGCCCCGACAAACUGGUGCCAGCGGUGGCGGCCUACGUGGCGGGCAGCAUGGGCGCGCGCUACAUCGAGCCCCAGGACUUCAAGCUGGGCUCCAUCUUCCUGGACAGCGUGGCGUCCAUGCCCAUCGUGUUCGUGCUCAGCCCCGGCUCCGACCCCAUGGCCGACCUGCUGGCCUUUGCCGAGGAGAAGCGAAAGAAGGUGGAGGCCGUGAGUCUGGGCCAGGGCCAGGGGCCCAUCGCAGAGAAGGCCAUCAGCCAGGGCAUCCGCGAGGGCAGCUGGGUGGUGCUGCAGAACUGCCAUCUGGCCAAGAGCUUCCUGCCGCGCCUGGAGCUGCUGUGCGAGCAGCAGCUGGCGGCGGGCGACGUGCACCCAGAGUUCCGGCUGUGGCUGACGUCCUACCCCUCCGACAUCUUUCCGCCCGCGGUUCUGGAGAACGGACUCAAGAUCACCAAUGAGCCGCCCAAGGGCCUGCGCGCCGGCAUGGAGCGCAUCUACAAGUCCGAGCCGCUCACCGACAAGACGUUCUUCGAGGGCGCGUUGAAGCAGCCCGACGCCUUCAAGCACCUCACGUACGCGCUGGCGUUCUUCCACUGCGUGGCGGUGGGCCGCAGGAACUACGGCCCAGUAGGCUGGAACAUCCCCUACGCCUUCAACGAGAACGACCUGCGCAUCAGCCUGCGGCAGCUGCGGCUGUUCCUGGACGAGGCAGACAGCCCGCCGCUGCGCAUGCUGGUGUACACGGCCGGCGAGUGCAACUACGGCGGCAAGGUGACCGACGCCAAGGACCGGCGCACACUGAUGACUCUGAUGGAGGUCUACUACCGCAAGGAGGCGGCGCUGGGGGACGCCAAGUUCGGGCCGGGCGGCAACUUCGACCUGCCAGAGACGGGCGACUACGCGCACUACCUAUCGGCCCUGUCCCGCCUGCCGCUGGGCGAGGCGCCUCCCGAGGUGUUCGGGCUGCACCCCAACGCCGCCAUAAGCCGUGACCUGGCCGAGGCGCGGCAGCUGCUGGACGGGCUGGCGCUCACCACCACCACACUCACGUCAGCGGCGGCCGCGGCGGGGGCGGCCGGCGCGGAUGGAGAGGGCGGGGCGGCGGCGGCAGGGGCGGGCUUUGGAGGGGAGGGCAGCGCGUCGGUGAGGCGAGGAGGGGAGGAGAGCGCUGGGCCGUCGGCACAGCCUUCGGAAGCAAACGGCCCGCGCGCGCAGCACAGCGGCGGCGGCGCCGCAGGCGCCGAGGCAAACGGCGCACAUGCCGCCGGCCCUGGCCACCACGGCCCUGGCGGCGGCGGCAGCCUUCGCUCCAUUGCUGCCGAGAUCGCGGCCAAGCUGCCUGCGGACUUUGACCUUGAGGCCGCCUCCGCCGCCUACCCGGUCACCUACCUUGACUCGAUGAACACAGUGCUGGUGCAGGAGCUGGGCAGGGUGAACGCGCUGCUGCAGGUGAUCCGCGUCAGCCUGGACGAGCUGGCCCGCGCCCUCCGCGGUGAGGUGGUCAUGAGCGGCGAGCUGGAGCGCGUGGCGCACGCGCUGUCGGCGGGCAAGGUGCCGGAGCUGUGGCUGGGCAAGUCCUUCCCCAGCCUCAAGCCGCUGGGCAGCUACGUGAAGGAGCUGCUGGAGCGGGUGGCGUUCUUCGACGGCUGGCUGCACGCGGGGCCGCCCACUGUGUACUGGAUCAGCGGCUUCUUCUUCACGCAGGCCUUCCUGACCGGCGCCAAACAGAACUACGCGCGCAAGCACAAGAUCCCCAUCGACCUCAUCGACUUCCGCCACACCGUGUGUGACGGCCCGGCAGACACCGCCGCAGCCCCCGCUGACGGUGUGCUGUGCGGCGGCAUGUGGCUCGAGGCCGCGGGCUGGGACGCCGUGCACCACCGGCUGUGCGAGUCGGAGCCGCGGGUGCUGUUCGUGCCGCUGCCGCCGGUGCACUUCCAGCCGGCGCAGGUGGCGCAGGAGGGCGGCGGGAAGAAGGGCGGUGGCGAGGGAGAUAAGGGAGAGGAGGAGGCGGAGGAGGAGGACGAUUCUGCUGAGCAGCUCCCCGCGGGCAGCACCGUGGCGUACGUGUGCCCGCUGUACAAGACCAGUGAGCGGCGCGGCGUGCUGUCCACCACCGGCCACUCCACCAACUUCGUGUGUGACGUGAUGCUGCCUUCUGCGGAGCCCGAGUCGCACUGGAUCCUGCGUGGCGUGGCGCUGCUCACGAGUCUGGAUUCGUAAGGAUGUGUGUUUGUUUGUUGGAUAUUGUGAUGGUGUUUGUGUGCUGUGUUAGAUUAGGCUUGGCAAUUCGGCGGGCGUGCGGAUGUGAUCGUGAUGACACUGUAGUGGCUUGGGAGGGGCUCGUAAUGCGGUGGCUGGAGAACAAGCGCACGAAAAUCAUGCUCAGGAUUGCGGGGUUGUGGCGGGGCGGGUGCUGGCCACCCGUGCUGAGGUAGCCAGGAUCGUCGUGCAGAGCUUCGUAUGGUGGCAGCUGCAACAAAGCAGGCGUGAUCAGGCGAUCCCAGUGAUGCAUACAGCAUUGCGUAGAUGGAAGACUCGAGCGGCUGGUUUGACCCGCGAUAAGACAUGUGGUAACACGGCCUGGCAUCGCGAGCUGAGGAGCACACGUGCAAGCGAGCGAUGGGACUAGCUGCGCGCAAUGUUGGCAGAUGAGUCGCUUCUGAAGAUGGAUAGACACUACGUUGACGCAGGGCCUUGUAGGAUGAAUCCAACUCCGGGUGCCGAGUGCCGGGCGGGGGCUGGGUCUUGCUUACUUCAUGGGGUGGUGUGGGACUGCAAGGGCUACGCCAAUGGAAGCCGUGCGGCAGAAGCCUUUGCAUGUAAGCAAAGGCAUGCAGUAAUGAGGGGCACACGAAGCAUCACGGCUGGCACCGUGCGUGUGCGUGCGUGGUGCCAGUCUUCUUUCAGCCCACCCGCAACAAAUAAUUACAGGUUUGCUGUGACCAAUCAUUAAACGCAGAGUUGUGCGCAUUUGCUUCUGCGGGGACGUCAGCUCAGAAUCUCUAGGAAG